AUGUGCUUGGUCAAGCGACGGCAUACUGACCCUCUGUUGGCAUCUUCUUCCUUGCUUGCGCUCACUCCAGGCACCGACCUGGAGGACCGCUCGAUUGUGGACACUGUCAUCGCAACCGCUCGAGACCCGCAUCGCAUUCUGAUCUUCAACGCAGCUUCACACGCCCUUAACAAUGCCUUCUUCAUCAAUGGUCUCGUGAGUCCCGCGACUUCAGGUGCAUAUGAAGAGGUCCUUUUGCCCGCUUGCUGACGGUCGGACCUGGUGAUGGUGGAUCUUGCAGAGGCCCAAACCGUUGGAAGGCUUGAGCAUAAACGAGUGGGCCGACAUUCCGCCGUUCAAGCCGAAGGGUCAGCUACUUGACGCGAUCACCAAAGAGUACGACUCUCUGCCCGCCUUUAAAGAUGCAUUCAGCGCCACUGCAGAUGGCAUGUCAGGCUCAGGCUACGUGUGGCUGGUCAGAGACGCGUACCGGAACCUGGGCAUCGUACCUACCUACGGAGCUGGUACUGUGAUGGUGCAAAAUAGGAUCCAACGGGGAGCGCACAUCGAGGGAAGUACUCCCCCAUCAGUUCCUCAAGGUGAAGAACAACCUGCUGGACCUUCCAGCAACCUCGACUCUCGCAUGGGUGCUAGCGCUGUGGAUUCUGGAGCGUCCGGCAGCAGCAGCAGUACCAACAGCGCAAUCAGCAAUCCUCGCCUUGGAGCGUACGGGACCAAGUCUUCUUGGUAUGCAGCAGGAGGCACAACGAGGGUGCAGAGGACAGGAGAAGAGCUCUAUCCGCUCUUCUGCAUCUCUAUUCAUGAACACACUUGGCUGCCUGACUACGGCAUGGAGGGAAAGGACGAAUACCUGGCCAGAUUUUGGGAGGUGCUGGAUUGGGAGAGGGUGGGGCAGCUCUACGAUGCGUACAAUAGGCAGGACGAUGACAAGCUGUAG